GUAAAUACAUUGAAGGCGCAGGCCGAAUUGCCCGAAAAAACGUGUGCAGUGACUGAAUGGUUUUGCAUCAAGACGAAUAUCAUCAUGGCCCGUAAAAAGAGCAAAUCUAAAAAGGCAGCCCAGAGGAAGCAAAACUUAGCAGAGAAUGAUUACGGGAAAGCUCCACAUACGUUUGUCUUCAAUCGAGGUAGGGUCGGGAAGAAUGGACUCCAGCUUAUGCUUGAUACAAGACAAGUGAUGGAGCCCUUUACCGCAUCAAGUCUUCGGGCUCGAAAGAAGAACACUCUCAAAGACUUUGUAGGAGUAGCAGGUCCUCUUGGUGUCUCUCACUUUAUGUCCUACACAAAAACAGAUUCAGCGAUUCACAUGAGAAUAAUGAGGCUUCCCAGAGGGCCGACAUUGACCUUCAAAGUCCACAAGUAUACCUUAGCUAAGGAUGUUGUAUCGUCGUUACGGAGACCCAGUAUGUACGCAUCACAGUUCCUUCAUCAUCCUCUACUAAUCCUCAACAACUUCAACGGCAACGAACUCCGCUUCAAGCUCAUGACGACCAUGUUCCAGAACAUGUUUCCAUCCAUCAAUGUCAACAAUGUUCAUCUCAAUGACAUUAGACGGUGUGUUCUGCUCAACUACAAUUCUCAGACCAAACGGAUAGAGUUCAGACACUAUUCCAUCAAAGCUGUACCUAUGGGGAUGAGCCGUAGCACCAAGAAGCUUCUCCAGAGUAAAGUUCCUAAUCUAGGACGGUACGAGGAUGUUAGUGACUUCUUCCUAAACACUGGUAAUUUGUCAGAGAGCGAGGCUGAGAUGGAUGGAGAGCACAACGAGGUGACUCUACCCCAGAGGUUAGCCAGCCGAGGCAACCUUGACAAUCAGAAAAGUGCUAUUAGGUUGAUAGAGAUUGGUCCGCGACUACAACUUGGUCUCAUUAAGAUAGAGGAAGGUCUAUGUGAAGGAGAGGUACUCUAUCACGAAUCCAUAACAAAAACCAAGGAGGAAAUUUCAGCAGCCAGGCAGGUGAAAUUCAGGAAGAAGAUUGAAAAGAUCAAGAGAAAAAAGCAACAAGAGGCAAACAUAGCCAAGAAAAAGAAGGAGAAUGAAGAAAACAAGGCACGCUCUAUCGAAGGGAUGAAGAGGAAGUAUGGGAAAGAGACCAAGGAUGGGAAGAAUGUAGGAGAAGAAGAGGAUGGAGCAAAGAAGGAAGAGGAGGAUGAUGAUAGGGAGUAUUACAGAGAAGCAGUAGGAGAAGAACCAGAUGCAGGUAUGUUUCCAAGAAAGCGAUCGAAAUCUUCCCAGGGAACCAGAGGUAGGGGCACCAACAAGCGGCAGAAGUUUGGAUCCCAAGAUCGGAGUAGAGGAGAUUCAAGGGAACGAGGAGAUGGAGGACGAGGAGGAGGAGCAAGAAGGGGAGAGAGAGGAGGGAGAAGAGGAGGAGGCAGAGGAGGGAGCAGGGGUGGAAGAGGAGGUCAUCGUGAAUCAGGAGCCAGUAAAGGAAACGGAUCCUUCAAACCCAAAUUCAGUGCAAGAACUCGGGCUGCAAGAUCUAGAGGAGGAAGAGGGCAGAAGAGGUCAUUUUCAAAGCGCUAAAUGGAUGGAGAAAAUGAACACUAAAUUGGUCUACGAUUUAGGCCAAAAUAAUUUUGUCUUCCUCGAUAUUUAAUACACAGAUAUUUGGACUGGCCAUAUGAGGGUAGGAACUUUAUGAAAGGUGCAAACUGAUAUGCCUGCUUGAUUUAUCGUGUAAUGAAUUGUCGGAAAUAUGACUGGAAAAUAUUCUUAAUAUGAAACACUCGGCAAGAGUGUUGAUUUUCAUGAGACUCUUGUGGGAGAACAAUUGGUAUGAUUAUCUAGCCACUAGAAACAUUUGGUGAUUUCAAGUUAAUAGUUGAUGUUGGUAUCGAAUUUGAUUACUAAUCUAGCCUUUACACAAAUUUCUGGUUUAUUAAAAAUGAUACCUUGUAUAUCAUUGAUAGUUUAACACCUUGUGAGGUCAAUCCCUACCCCAGUGUCGUUUCAGGUGUGGUGUUGUGGCUGGUGCUAGGUAGUAUUGCCUCGAUUCUCAGCACCCCCCACUGAACUUGAAAUCGACAACCUCUACAGAUAUCUAUCUUUGAUCAUCAUCAUCAUCAUCCAAGAGAUUUAUAAAAGUACAAUGUGUGCAUCCAGAACAGUGUAAUUGAUAAAUAUCCUAGAUCCAUGGCCGAAGAUAAUAGAGUACCGAAGUGUGACGUCAUCAAUUUUCACUUUUUGCAUUUCAGCAUUUUUUAUGCCAUAUUUUGGUAGAGCAUGAUGGAAAAGCCCCACUUCCAAAAUUAGAUGUGAAUCGGUCCAUGGAGGCCUGAGAUAUGACCUCAUGAAUACAUAAUUAGCCCCAUUGAAGGCAAUGUAUUAUUGGCCUGGUUCUAAAAGUAAGGAACCAAACCAAUAAUACGUUGAUUUCAGUGGAGCUAAUUAUGUAAUCAUGAGGUCAUAUCUCGGGCCCCCAUAGACCAAUUCGCACCAAAUUUUGGUUGUAGAGGUAUUUCAUCAUGCUCUACCAAAAUAUGGUAUAAAAAAUUCUGAAAUACAAAAAAAAAAAUUUGUUACGUCAUCACUUCGGUACUCUAUAUGGAGUUCAGAAUAUAUGCCUAUGAAAUAACCACUUUAUCUCAAGGAUUUAUGUAUCUACAGUAGCUAUUAUACAAAGAUUCUACACCACCCAGCAAGUUGUUGGUGUCGUCUCAUAGUACAAACUUCAAUACGUAGAUUUUCCCAUGAGGCCGGGGGUCCACGAGUCCAAGGAUCACGCUUGUCUUACAUCAAAAUUAUUUUCAGCUUUGCCUAAUCUUAUAAAUCUUCCUAUCGGGUUUCAAAACAUUCCUGAAGGUGCACAGUUGACUUUUACGUGGUUAAAAUGACUACAGUAUUUUCUAGAAUGUAUGUUUCAUUUUACAUUGACGAUCAGGCUAAGCGGAAACUCUUGAUGUUGGCCUCCUAGUAUUGUUGCAUUGUGACUUUCAUUGUCUCAUUUGGUUACACUUCGUAAUUCCGAAGGUUCUUUAUUCCGAAGGUUCGUAAUUCCGAAACACGUAAAUUGCCUAUACCUCGUUCGUUA